AUGGAUAUCGAGAAUUCAAAAAAACACCUAAGCGAAUUACAAGAAGAAAGAAGAAGACACAAAAUUACACUUCCCGAUAUGCUUAAAAGGAAAGUUCUUAUAAAGGAAGAAAAUAAUGAUACUUAUGAAAAGAAUUUAGAGACAAUAAAUGAUAUGUGUUAUUCAUUGAAUACAUCAAAUGAUGAGAAGGAAUAUUUAAAAAUGAAUUUCCCUAAUAUUAUUAAUAAUCCUAUUAUAAAAUUUUAUACUGAUCCAUAUUACACAAUACAUAUGUCAGAUAAAAAAAUGAAUACAACGGAUUCAAUAAAUACUUCAAUGGAUAUGUCUAGCUAUAAUUGUACUACAAAUUCAUUUGUGAAAGAAAUGGUAAAUAUGUAUAAACCACAUGAGAAAUUAAAUAUAGGUAUUUUAUUUACAGGACAACAAGCUCCAGGUGGGCAUAAUAUUAUAUGUGGAGUUUUUGAUUGUUUAAAAAAAAAAAAUAAAAAAAAUACUCUUUAUGGAUUUAUGAAUGGAUUUCAAGGAAUGCUCAAAUAUAACUUUAUGGAAUUAAAAAAUGAAUACAUCAGCAUGUUUAGAAAUAGUGGAGGAUUUGAUAUGAUUAAAAGUAGUGAUAUACAAAUUAUUAAGGAAGAUCAAAAAAAAAAAUGUUUUAAAAUAUGUAGACAACUGAAUUUAAAUGGUCUUAUUAUUAUUGGAGAUGCUUCAGGUAAUAAAAGUGCAGCUAUCUUAUCUGAAUAUUUUGAGACUGUUUAUAAAAUUACAAAUGAAAAGAUAAAAAGUGAAGAAUUAAAAGAAAAAAAUAAACAAGAAAUAAAAUAUAAACAAGAUGGAGAAAAAUAUGAACAAGAUGAAGAAAAAAAUAAAGAAGAAAUAAAAUAUAAACAAAAUGACGAAAAAAAUAAAGAAGAAAUAAAAUAUAAACAAGAUGGAGAAAAAUAUAAGCAAGAUGGAGAAAAAUAUAAGCAAGAUGGAGAAAAAUAUAAACAAGAUGGAGAAAAAUAUAAACAAGAUGAAGAAAAAAAUAAAGAAGAAAUAAAAUAUAAACAAAAUGACGAACAAAAUAAAGAAGAAAAAAAAUGUAAACAAGAUGACGAACAAAUUAAUGUGGAGGACAAUAACAAUAUAUGUGAAAUACUCAAAAAUCAUAUACAAGAAGAUAAAAUAUAUAAACCCUAUAAUAUAAUAGAUAAUAAUAAAACAUGUGUAUCAAAUGAAAAUAAGAUCAAUAAUAAUAUUCCAUAUGAUAAUAUACAAAGUUAUAAUAUAUCUUAUGAUAAUAUAUCAACAUAUGAUUUUACUUAUGAUAAUAUUAGCGAUAUAAGUGAUGAAGAAAUUAAUAAAAAAUAUCCCAAAAAAAAUAAAAAUUUUGUAAAAACUUCAAUUGUUAGUGCACCAACAUGUGUUUAUAAUGAAAUGAAAAAUAAAUAUAUUGAAUGCUCUCUAGGGUUUGAUACAACUAUAUUUAGUUAUUGUCAAUAUAUAAGUUAUUUAAUAACACAUAUACAAACAUAUCUUCAAGGAUAUCAUUUUAUAAAGGUUAUGGGAAACAACUCUAGUCAUAUUGCUUUAGAAUGUUUCUUACAAACAAAAGUAAAUAUUAUAUUAGUCAGUGAAGAAAUCAAAAAAAAUAAUUUAACUCUUGAUCAAAUUAUACAAUUCAUUGCUGAUGUUAUUCAAAAUAGAUACAAAAAAUAUCAUAAAAAUUAUGGUAUUGUUAUAAUACCUGAUGGGAUAUUGAAAAAAAUUACACAAUUUAAAAAAUUAGUAACAUCUAUUAUUCAUAUAAAAACAAAAUUCAUAGAAAAUAAAAUCAAUAUUUCUAAAGAUUUACAAAAUAUUUUAAGUAAACAUUUAAUAAAGGAACAACAGGAAUUUUUUAAAACACUUCCUGAUUUUUUUCAAAUACAGUUACUGGAGGAAAUAUGUUCCCAACAAUUUCACUAUGCUAGGUUAAGUACCGAACUACUUCUCACACAUUUAGUAAAGAAGAAACUAGAAGAAAGACAAAUUAAUAACCUUGAAUUUCAUACACACUCAUAUGGAAAGGAAGUUACGUGUUCUCUUCCUACAAACUUUGAUUGUGCGUAUAGCUAUAUUUUAGGAUUCAGCUGCGUAGAAAUGUUGCAACAUAGAUAUAACGGAUAUAUGUGUGUCAUCAAAAAAUUGAAGAAUCUAUUGUUGAACGUUAACGACAUAGAAAUAUUAGGCAUACCCCUUUGCCAUAUAAUGAAAUUAAAGAAAAAAAAUAAAAAUGUAGAACAAAUAAACAUUGUGGAACAAGUAAAAUAUGCAGAGGAGAAAAAAAAAAAGAUAGAAGAAAAAGAUAAUCCACAAGAAAUAAAAGAAAACGGUAAAAUAAACAAAACAGAAAAAACAACUAAAAAAAAUAAAACAGAAAAAAAGGACAAAGUAACAAAAAAAGAUAAAACAAGUAAAAAGGAUAAAAAUAAUACAACAGAUCGUGCGAAAAAAAGUAGUAGUAAUAUACAAAAUGAUAAUGUUAACAAGAAAGAUGAUGAUGCUUUACCAAGUAACGAUGCUCUAACAAAUGAACUAUGUGAACCAACGGACAGUACUAAUAAACAAAAUAAAAAUGAUCUUGUCAUCAGAAACGAUCCAUUUGAAGAGGUUUUUAUAAAGCGUACAAAAGUAAAUUUAAGGGAUGAUACAUAUUUUAUAAAGUACAAAAGAUAUCGAUACAUGUACUUAUAUGAAGAUCAUUAUAGAGUAUUGACAGGAAUACAAUAUGAACAUAAUUUUUGUAUAGAUUAUGAUGAUAAAUCCUUAAAAUUCCGAAAUAAAUUAAAUAGUACACUUUCUAGUAAUGAUUAUAUUACAAUAAAACCAAAUAAUAUAUUUAGUAAAAUCAAUUUUACUAUAUCUGGUUUGACAAAAGAAUAUUUUAAUAAAAAAGAACAUAACGAAGAAAAACGUAGCAUGACGCAAAAUAAUAUAUUACAAAAUGGUGCAAUACUACAAAAUAAUAAUACAUAUAAAUUUAAUUAUUGUAAACAUUCUUCUAUGUUAUCAGAAAUAGAAAAAAUGUUAACAGCUUCAGCUAUAAAAUUUAAUACUAUAUUAAUUCGUCAUAAUACUAGAAUUACAUAUAUUAAUAACAAUUUCUUUAAUAAAUUAUAUACUAUUUCAUUUAUACAUAUACCUAAAAUUAAAGAUUUUUAUAUAUUACAAGAUAAUCAAUUCCAUCUAAAACAAAAUUACAGAAAUGUGACAUGUCCUAAAAACGUCGGUGUUGUUUUACUUUCUCAUUGUACACCAGGAACAAAUAACAUACUAGUAGGAUUACAUCAACGAUUAUCUAUUAAUAAUUUUAAGUUAAUAGGCUUUAUUAAAGGUUUAAAAGGAUUGUUAAAUAAUGAUAUAUGCUUAAUUAAUGAUAACAAUUUAAAAACAUCUAUUAACAUAGGGGGCUUUCCUCUUCUAGGGGUUCACAUACAAUAUGAGAAAAAAACAAAUGAUGACCAAAUAUUACAUAUUCAUGAUUUAAUAAAAGAAAAUAAUAUAUCUAAAAUCAUUAAAAGCUGUAAAAAUAAUAAUAUAACCAAUUUAGUAUUUAUUGGUGAUGAAAAAGUUAUAACUCUUAUGAACAUAUUAAAUGACAUAUUUAUUAAUAAAGAUGUAAAUAUUAAAAUUGUUUCCAUUCCUAUUUCUUUAUAUAACAGUUUUGAUAAAAACCUUAUCGAAUGUAGUAUAGGAUAUCAUUCAAUGGUUCGGCAUAUUAGUGAUAUCAUAAGUAAUGUACAAAGUAAUUGUUUAAAUAUAAAUAGAUAUUACUACUUUAUAAAAAUACACACAAAUAUAUCAUCUUCUUUAAUAUUGUCUGUUCAAUUACAAACACAUUGUAAUAUAUGUUACAUUGGAGAAUCUGUCAAUAAUCAAUUAACUAGCUUACAUACAGUCAUAGAAAAUAUUUCUCUGAUCAUUAUAGAAAGAAUUAACCGUAUGAAAUAUUAUGGAGUUAUAUUAUUUAGCUCUAAUUUGAUAUAUUACAUUAAUGAUUUUCAUGAGCUCUGUAAGGAUGUGGAUGAAAAUAUAAAAAGCGUUCAAGAAAUAGAUGAAAUUGUUAAAAAUGAUAUACUUCCAGAGAGGUUUCAGAAAAUAUUAAAAAAAGAAAGUGUCGAUCUACUUAAUUUAUUAACAGAGUCCAUGAAAGAUAAAUUAUUGAGAAAAGAAAAAAGAGAAAACGAAGAUAUCGAUUCUAAUUUUGAAGUACUGUUAAUAAAUGAAAUAAAAAAAUAUAUACAAAAUUUGAUGGAAAAAUCCAAACAAAAUAAAGAAUUAUAUUGCUACAAAAAGCAUAUUAAUACAAUAUCAAGUCCAAUAAAUGUAAAGAACAUCAAGGUUUAUAGUGAUAUAGAUUAUAUAUUACAUUUUCAAACACUAAUUAAAGUAAUCGACAGAGAAAUAAACUGUUUUUUUCCUACACACUUUGAUAACUCCUUGGCCUUCUCUCAUGGACUCUUGGCAGGAAUAGCUGUAGAAAAUGACUUGCUCAAUUAUGUAACAUCCAUUAAGCAUUUAAAUUUAAAUAAGCAAAAUUGGAGUAGUUCCUUAUACCCAGGCAUUUAUUUUAUAAACAAUAAGGACGAUAAAGGGCAUUUUAACGAAUACCCUUCUGUAGCGCCUGUUCCCAUUUCAAUGAAAUCUAGCCAAAUGGCUACUAUGAAACAUAAUGCAAAUACC